CGAAAAUUUUUAGUUUACGAUCUAUUGUCAACAUAAAUUGUUGUAAAAUAUUCAGAGGAACUAAAAAAAGAAAAUUUAUUUCUACGAAAUUAAAAAAAAACAUCCUCUUGCGAUUAAAUUAGUUGUAAACCAUUUUUCCAAAUUGAUUUUAAGAUGGAAGUGAAAAUGGGUAAAGAACUAGUCAUUAAGAUGACCCAGAAGAACAAGGAGACGCAGACUACGAACAUGAAGCUGGGCCCCAUCAACUGGUACCCCCAGGUAGCAGUCUAUCCGACUGUGGGUCCGCGCUACACUGGUCAGCCCUUGGGGCCUAUCCAGGCAUUCAUGCCCCGUCAAUCAUCGUCGGCGUGCCAGUUUUACAUGCACCGCGAGCAGGAGCUCUACCGCCGGGCCUGCCGCUUGAAGGGAAUCCGUAUGGGAUGCUGGCAGCUGCGCGACCGCUUUUUGCCGGGGCCAUCCUAUAACGAGGAACUUCAGCCACCCUACCGCUACACUCUAGAGGAGAUGAAGAGCCUCAAUCCUUAUCGUUUAGUCAAUUACGAAAAUUAAACCGACACUUGCCAUACUCUCCAUACAGAAGCACACCACAACCACACAGCCAUACCACGCUUGACCAGAGAUCAGCGCACCACAGAACACGUAUUCCUGCUCUACACACAGCAAACCGUGCCUUUGGUUGCCCCCCCCCCCCCAUGUCAUGUAGAAAAUGCAUCAUUUCCCUUUC